AUGGACUGCUCGGGCGAAAAGCCUGCCAGUGAGCCUGAGUCGGAGGAUUAUGGCACUCUGAAAUAUCAACUGCUUGGCCCGUCUCUAACGAAAGCGGGUCAGGACUCGGUCGAUCAGCAAAAGGUGUCGGAAAUUAUCUACAAUGCUUCCAAGGGCUCUAAAUUCUUCAAUCACGAACAAGACCGUGAUCGAAAUCUCACGCUUAAGAUUGAGCGAAUUCUGAAAGAAAAGGCACGGUUAGAACGGCUAGACCUGAGCCAUGAGUUACGACGCGCAGAUGAAUACCUGGCCGAGUUGGAGUUGAGUCGCGAUCUCUCUCAACAUAUCAUUCAUGUCGACUGUGACGCGUUUUUCGCCGCCGUUGAAGAGCUUGACCGACCGGAGUUGAAGACGGUACCUAUGGCAGUUGGCAAGGGCGUUCUGACGACUUGCAACUACUUAGCAAGAAAGUUUGGUGUCCGCAGUGGCAUGGCUUCAUUUGUUGCGAAGAAAUUGUGUCCACAGCUUGUUCUCUUGCCUCAAAACUAUGAGAAAUACACCGCAAAAGCCAAGGAAAUCCGCGCUAUCUUGGCCGAGUACGAUCCUCUUUUUGAAAGUGCAAGUAUCGACGAAGCCUAUUUGAAUAUCACUGCAUUCUGUGAUGAAAAUCAGCUGGAGCCAGAAGAAGCUGUCCGGAGGAUGCGUGCACAGAUCCUGGAGACCACCAAGGUGUCUGUUUCCGCUGGAAUCGCUGCCAAUGCAAAAAUCGCAAAGGUUUCUUCAAAUAUUAACAAACCGAAUGGUCAAUUCCAGGUUCCGAACGAGCGUCAAGCAAUUAUGGAAUUCAUGCGGAGUCUCCCAGUACGCAAAGUCAAUGGUGUUGGCCGAGUAUUCGAGCGAGAGUUGGAAUCCAUCGGCGUCAAGACGUGUGGAGAUAUCUACCCACACCGUGCUUUGUUGACCAAGCUAUUUGGAGAAAAGGCUUUCCAAUUUUUGGCACAAUGCUACCUCGGCCUCGGGCGCACCAAGAUUGAGCCGGUGGAGACCCAUGAACGCAAAAGCGUCAGCACAGAGACUACGUUCCACGAAAUUGGAGACAAAGAGGAACUUCGAGCAAAACUCUGGUGGGCUGCGCAGGAGCUUGAAAAGGACCUCACGCGGACUCAAUUCAAAGGCCGCACGCUCGCCCUGAAAGUGAAACUCCAUACUUUCGAAGUGAUAACCCGCCAGACAGCGCCAUCUCGUCCGGUGUGUAUCGCAAAAGACCUGUAUACAUUUGCUCUACCCAUGUUAGCGAAGCUUGAAAGAGACAUUCCGGGAAUGAAGCUCCGGCUUCUUGGCUUGCGCUGCUCAAACCUGGUCAGCACCCAGAAAGUAGGAAUCAAUUUCUUCGGCGUGGUUACGCAGCCCAAACCCACUGCAGAGCCCACCUCCGCAACUACACCCACAGAAAAGGCAGAUCACGAGAUUGAUGCCGAAGAGGCCUUUGAAUCAGCCGCUCGCCAGGAGAUCCAAGAUGAAAUGAAUGACUUGGAGACCCUUAGUCAAGAGACCCCAUCUGUUUCUGUCGCCCGUGAGUCAGAGGAAUCUGCGGUCCCAGAGCAAUCUACGUCCGAAACAGUUGAGCCAUCUCCAAUGUGGGACUGUCCAAUCUGUGCCCGACCCCAGAUUGCUGAUGAUCGCACCUUCAACGAGCAUAUGGAUUUCUGUCUCUCAAGACAGACAAUACGUGAAGUGGUGCAGGACACUACAGAAGAAACAACACACUCGAUACCCCCAGGUAGUCGGAAAAGGAAGACACCGCAGCCUAGUCCCCCUGAGACAGACCCAAAGCAGAAGCGACUUUUCUUCCAGUGA